AUGACCAAUACUAUGACCCAUGAAGAGUUUGAAAGACAACAACAAUCACAACCACAACCAAUAAAUAAUGUUAUGAGAUUUUUUCAAAACUUUGGUUUACCAAACAAUCAAGAGCAACAACCACAACAACCAUCGCCACAAUCACAACAACCAAAUAUAUUUUCUUUUUUAAGUGGAGAAAUUAAAAAUAGUUUAACAUCACCAACUAUUUCACCAUCAACAUCAUCAAAUAAUAUAAAUAAUAAUUUAAAUGGAUCUCAUUCAAACUUAUCAUCAUCAUUUGGUAAUUUAAUUACAAAGUCAGUUAGCAAUAAUAGCAUCAAUCAAAAUAAUCAAAAUAAUCAAAAUUUACAUAAUGGGUUAUAUUUGAAUGGUAAAAAUAUUAAAAUCAAUUCAAAUAAAGUUUUGGAUAGUAAAUUUGAAGUUGAAUCACAAACUGUUACAGUUAUUCAAUCAAGUAGAAAUGCAGGAAAUAGUUUAGGAAAUUUAAUAACAUUUAAUAAAAAUUUUAUAUCAUAUGUUGUUAAAGGUGAAAAAGUUAGAAUCUUGGAUCGUUCAUCAUCAAAUAAAGUUUUAUUAAAAGAUUUUCCAGAUGUAGUCGAUAUUCAGUUCCAUAGUGAAGAUGUAAAUAUUCUUUCGUGUUGUUCAAUGGGUAGCGGAUCCAUUUAUAUUUACGAGUUGGUAAAUAAUAUUCAAACAUUAGAAGAUGUAAAACUAUUAGCUAAAAUUCCACCACCACCCCAAAUAGUAACCAAUGAAAAGACAUAUUAUACUACUGUAAAAUGGCAUCCAACCAAACCAGAUAUUCUCCUUACCUGUACAAAUAAUUCCCCAACAGUCUAUUGUUUCAAUAUUCACAAUCCAAAUACCCCACUAAUAGUUUUAGAGCCACCAAAAUCAACUAUAGAAAGUUUAAAUCAUCACACCACAGGUUUAAAUUGGUCAUCUGAUGGAGCAUCCAUUGCCUUUUGUAAUAAAGAUUGUAUUUGCAUCUAUGGUACCGAUCUUCCAAAUAGUCAUCAAUCAUUAAAAAGCAUUUACCAAAACAAUAAUGAUGAAUUUAAAGAUGGUUUCCUUUAUGUAUAUCAAAUAAGUGAAAACUAUUUAGUAGCCGUAACAAAUCAAUCAGAAAUCAUUUUAUUUUCAACUUUAAAUUGGUCCGUUAUUCAAAGAAUUACUUUUUCAACAAGUUUAUUCACCAACUAUUCAUUAUUUACAAUUAAAGAUUCAUUUUUAUUUAUUUCUGACAAUAACUCUUCAAAAGCAUAUAUUAUUCAUAUCAACGAAUCUGAAACCGAUAUUCCCCAUUUCGACUUUAUAAAUCAAUGCGAUUUUAAAAAACCAAUAAUAAGUUUUUGUUUCCAAUCAUCACCAUCUAUUUCAUCUCUAAAUAGCUCAAAAGGUUCAAUUCAACAACAACAACAAGAUAAAGAAAAAGAAGAAAAAUGUUUUUGUACUUGUACUAUUCAAUCAAAUGCCAUAUCACUUCAUUCAAUUACUUUAGAUAGUUGUUAUUCAGAAAAUGAUCAAUAUACUUGUGAUUCAAGUGAUAUUAUUGAACAAUUUGGAAACUAUAAAGAUAAUUUAGAUAAUCAACAAAAUAAUAAUGAUAUUAAUAUUAAUAUUAGUACCCCAAUAAAUGAACCAUUAUCACCAAUAAGUAGUACAAAUGCAACUAUAGGCAGCGAAGAUGAAGAUAAAUUAAAUACUUUAACAAAUACAAAGCCUUUUGUUCAACCUUCAUCACCACCACCAUUAUCUUUACCAGAACCAGAUUUAACCUCUUGUGGUGUCCCCUCAACAAGUGACUCUAUAAUUAACUCUUCAAUCUCACCAUCUAUUGAAAAUAACACAACCACCAACACCACAAAAGCCAAAAAAGAAAGUACAAAAGUUUCAAAGAAAAAAACAGCCACUCCAACUACAACCACAACCACAACCACUACCACUACUAAUAAACCAGAUUCACCAUCCUUAUCACCAACAAUAUAUAAUGUAACUGAAGAUACAUUAGUAGGCUCAACUUCACCAGUAACUGCUAAAAAGAAAUCCUCAAAACCAAAAGUUUCAAGCUCAAGUUCAAGUGAAUCAUUAAAUCAAGAUAGUAAAGAAACCAAAUCAGUUACCCCAAGCAAAACUUCAAAAUCUUUAGCAACUCCAACAACACCAUCAACACCAACACCGGCCGCAACAACCACCCCAUCAACAACACCAACCAAACCUAAAAAUGUUACUCCAUCGUUUGUUCCACCAGUAUUAAAUAUUCCAUUAUCAAAUCCAGUAUCGAAUAAACAACCAGGUUCAAAACCAAAAGAAACAACUUCACCAUCUUCAAUUCCACAAACUAUACCAUUACCAUCUUCACCAGCUCCACAACCACAACCACAACAACAACAACAAGUUGAAACCAUUUCAUCACCAUCCAUUCAACAAUCACAACCACAACAAGUAUCAUCCUCUUCAUCAUCGUCAUCAUCACCAAAUCAAUAUAUAGCAACACAAUCACAAGAUUACAAUUUCUUAUUUAAAGAAAUGGAAAAUAGGUUAUUUAAUAGAAUUGAAAAAUCAAUGAUUAAUCAAAUUACCCAAUUAGAAAAAGAAAGACAAGAGAGAGAACAAUUAGAAAGAGAAAGACAAGAAAAACUUUUAACUGUUGUACAUCAAUCAAUAACUACAAUGGCCAAAGCUAAUUUAGAAAAAGUUAUAAAGAAAGAGAUUGCCAACACAUUUGUAAAUUUAGAGAAAACACUUCCAGCUGCUAUAGAGACCACUGUUACUAAAUUAACUCUAGAACAAAUGAAGAAACUUUCAGCCAAAACUGAUUCUCUUUUAAAAUCAUCAUCUGAAGCCAUUGUAAAUAAUGUAAAGGGUGCCAUUAUAUCCGAUGCUUUUGAAGGUUUAAUCAAACCACAAAUAGAAUCAGUUUUCCUCAGUUAUUUCCAAAAUGUUUUAAUUCCAGGAUUUGAUAAAAGCUGCCAAUCAAUGUUUACCCACCUCAGCUAUACUUUUGAAAAUGGUUUUAAUCAAGCAAUUCAACAUCAAACAUUAAAUGCUCAAGGUCAACAUUUAGCACUUGAAAAAAUAUUAAAUGAAAAUACAACAAUCUUAAAGGAAUGUACUCAAUCUUUAAAUGAACAACAAACAAAUCUUUUUAAUGAAUUGAAAAAACAACAAGAAAAACAACAAUUCAUUAGUCAGCAAUUACAACAAUUACAACAACAGCAACCACAACAACAAUUUUCACCACCACCACCACCACAUCACAUGCCACCAAUGCAUCAACAACAACAAUUUUCACCACAACCACCUUUUCCAAAUUUACCACAAAUGAAUAUGAAAAUGAACCCACAAAACUUUUAUCAAUUCCAAAAUCCAAAUAUGAUGAAUAUGAAUUCACCAAAUGAAUCUUUCCAACAUUUACAACAACCAUUAUCUCCACAACAAUCACAACAACCACAACAAUCACCAGCUCCAUCACCACCACCACAACAGCAAUCACAACAACAACAACAACAAUCACAACAAAAUAAAAACUCUUCAAUUACUUUACAACAACAACAAGUUAUUAAUCAAAAACUUGCAUCAUAUCCACAAUUAAAAGCCUUAGUCGAAACCAAUUAUAUCGAUGCAUUUAAUUUUGCCCUAAAUGCCUCAAAUCUUCAAAUGGUUGUUAAUUUAUGUUCAUCACUCGAUCCAAGCGUAGUACUUUCAAGUAUGAAAUUCCCUCAAACCAUUAUUCUUUCUUUAAUUCAACAACUUUCAAUUAAUCUUACUACCGAUACUGAACUUAAAUUAAAAUGGAUUAAAGAUUGUCUUUUCUUUGUAGAUAAUAGUAAAGCCGAUGUCACCAAAAAAAUUCUUAAAGUUCUCAAAGUCAAAUUAGAUGAUCCUCAAUUAUCUUCUUCUAAUCAACAUCUACUUCAACAAAUUAAAUUUAUGAUUAAAGAUAUUUAA